GGCUGAGCUCCGCCCUCGGCCCUUUCGUGCGAGGCCGCAGUUUCCAGCCGGCGGGACCGGAGGAGGCGCAGGUCCGGCGGUUGUUAGGGAGGGAAAAAGCAGUUUGAGGGACAGUUCCGGUGAUAACAGAUGGCUGUCCCACAGCAGACUGGGAGCUCUGGCCUGGAAGCCCAGCAGACCCUCCUGGCCACAGUCAGUGGCAAUGUACAGAAAUAUGCAGUCAAGAAGAAGAAGAUCCUCAGCGCAGAAGAGAUGGAGUUGUACGAGCUCACACAAGCUGCUGGUGUUGUCAUGGACCAGGAAGUGUUCAAGAUAAUCGUGGAUCUGUUGAAGAUGAAUGUGGCUCCAUUGGCAGUAUUCCAGAUGUUGAAAGCUAUGUGCGCAGGACACCGAAUUGCAGAGAUGUCCUCAACUGAGACACCGUCCACAACAACACAGAGCAACCUGGCAGACUCCAGAGAGCAUUCGUUUAUCUCUGCAAAGAACAGUAAAAUCCCAGCACUCUCCUUUUCCUCUGCCCUUCGAUCUCCGAGACUAGCCACUAAGAUUGUGGUCUACAACCCUGCUGAUGCUUGCUCACCUCUCUCUCAAGGUCCCCCUGGUUCCUUCCAGUUUUCUUGCUGCCUGUUCUCGCCCUUCUCAGUGAGAAAUAAAUCCAACACCGCCAUCAGUGGUGCCCAGACGCAGACGGAACGAAGCACGACCCGUGAAGGAUCCAGCCAGCGGGUGCCGCGGCAGCCUAGCGCCACCAGAGUCCCCAAAGGUAGCAGCACUGGGAAAAGUACUGGAAGUGGCAGCAGCACACACACAACAUCCAGCCAAUAGUCUGAAGAAUGUUUACCGUCUGACAUAAAGAUGACAGCAUUUCUGGGCCAAGGGUGUUUAAAGCGGGGCUCCUGCCCUUGUUUUUUUUUUUGUCCUCCACGCAUUAUCUUUCAGCAAGUGAAACCAGGACUCUUGAGAUCGUUUCAAAUUGUUCAUAUUGAUAAAAGUUUGUGGGAAAGUAUAACUUGGUUCAGUGAUUAUAUUGGAUUGUCACCUUUCACGCUGCAUGCCUGGUCUAGCAAGUCUAGAUUUAUUUUCUUUCAGACUUUUCACACUGCUGUAAGAUAAAAUCAUUUAAGUGCUGAUGUAAAUUAAAACAAAUGCUGGCCAAUUUUGAGGCAGGUUAGUUUAAUGGGAUAACUCACAUGAGAAGUGAUGGAUGACUCAUAUCCAGCUCCCCAUAUAGACAGAAAGGCAGGGCACAGAUUUUCAACUUCACCCUGGACAUUAGAACUUCUCUUGCUUGAUUGCGAAAUAACAUUCAGAAAAGUAUUGUCCACUAUUUCAUGGAAUAGGAGUUGGCCAUUUAGCCUCUCAAGCCUGUUCUGCCAUUCAAUUAGAUUAUAAUUGCUCUGUAUCUUAACUCCAUCUGCCCACCUUCAAUUUUAAUGACGGAAAAUUAUGGGCAGCAAGUGCCAGAAUUUGCGAAGCUCUUAGCACUGAAGAGCUAAAGCUGAGUCUUAAUCUCUUAUCUUCCAAAAUAUCACUUUGUUAGCUUGCAAAUUCACAAGAUUCAUCUUGAACACGCACAUUCCACAAAUUGAACUUUAAUAAUGGAAAUUGUUAAUUGCGAGCCCAACCUACUCUGUCCUUUGCUGCCAAUCCACAAAGGUUUAAUUUUCAUGACACUCUAAACUGAUUAACAGAUAUCAAGCUACUUACCUGUAACAUAUAGCUGAAGCAGUAUUUAUGCUGUACUAUGUAUUUUGUAUACAUGUGUCUCCCAAACAGGAUACAUGCUCCAAAUAAACUUGUAGUAUCAUC